AUGGGUAUCGUGCGCAAGCAAGGACUCAACUUUGGAAAAUCCUCACUCGUCCCUAAGAUCGAUGUUCUGCUCAACAACGCUGGAAUCAUGGGUACCAAGUUGGCUCGUACGCCUGAAGGUGUAGAGAGCCAAUUCGCUGCUAAUCACAUCGGCCACUUCCUUCUCACCAAUCUUCUUGUACCACAACUCGAACAGGCCGAAGGCAAUGCUCGUGUGGUUAAUGUCUCGUCGAAGCUUUAUCAAUUCAGCCCAGUGAAUUUCUUGGAUCCUCAAUUCACGUCUACUCCCUGGAACACGAAACUGGAAAGCAAGGGGGUAAAGAGCUAUUCACUGCAUCCAGGAAAUAUUCAACAGACAGGGUUGGCGGCUAGCGUGGAUCCCGAAAGUUGGCCGAUCGUUACGGAGAUGUUCGAACGCAAGAAAAUGGAGAUGCCAAAAGAGAAGACGUUGGAACAGGGUGCUGCGACAUCUGUCGCUGCUGCGCUAGAUCCUCGACUUGAUGACUUCUCGGGUGCAUUCUUAGAUGACUGUCAAGUUGCGAAGGUCAUAGAAUAUGCUUUCAGCGAAGACAAUGCGGAGAGUCUGUGGAGCCUAAGCGAGAAGAUUGUGGGAGAAACAUUCUCUUACUAA